AUGCUGCAGCGCGCCAAGUACAACCGCUUCCGCAAUGAGUCGGUGACAUCUGUCGACGAGCUGCUGCUCCACGGCCUUCCCAUGAACGCCAAGGUGCCUGCUGGCGCCCCGGUGCCUGCUCCGGAGCCGCCGUACGCACCCGCUGCCGAGGCCCCGCCCCCUGAAACGGCCGAGGACUCGGGCACUGCCCUGUGCACCCUCAUCAACAAGGUGUCCAGUCUUAAAUUCACCAACCCCUCCGGCCUGCUGGGCAUCAAAGGCCUGCCAUCGGCCGUCAAGGACCUGGCUGUGUCCAAACUUCAGGGAGGAGGGGGAGCAGGAGGAGGGUCCUCGGGUAGCCCGGCAUCUUCCUCCAGCCUCUCGGCGGCCACUGGGGGCAUCUCGUGCGCUUCUGCCACCUCUGGCCACCACGAGCCAGGCUCCAUGAGCACCGGGAAGAAGGGAAGGAUGGAGGAGGCGCAGCCUGGCGCAGAGGACUGGCAUGCAGGUGGUGUGGGUGGCACUGGUGGAGAAUGCGCAGGCCUGGUGAAUAAACCCUCAAGAGGAUGGCUGCACUCCAGCGACAAGAUCGCCGGACCUGGAGUGACGUACGUUGUAAAGUAUCUGGGCUGUAUAGAAGUGCUUCGGUCCAUGAGAUCCCUCGACUUCACCACAAGAUCCCAAAUAACAAGGGAGGCCAUCAGUUUGGUGUGUGAGGCAGUACCUGGCACCAAAGGAGCACUGCGCAAGAAAAAGCCCCCCUCCAAAGCUCUUUCUAAUAUUUUGGGGAAAAGUAACCUGCAGUUUGCUGGUAUGAGUAUCAACCUGAACAUCUCGAUCAGCAGCUUAAACCUAAUGACCCCCGACUCCAAACAGAUAAUAGCCAAUCACCAUAUGCAGUCGAUAUCCUUCGCCUCCGGUGGAGAUCCGGACACGACCGAUUUUGUUGCUUACGUAGCAAAAGAUCCAGUUAACCGCAGAGCAUGUCAUAUUCUGGAAUGUUCUGAUGGUCUGGCCCAGGAUGUGAUCAGUACGAUAGGGCAGGCGUUUGACCUGCGCUUCCAGCAGUACCUUCAGUGUCCGUCCAGCAAGCUGUCAGCUAUACACGAUAGGGUACUGAGUGUAGAGGAGCCUUCAUGGACCGAGGAAGGAGAGGAACCUCCUGAUCACUCGUAUUAUAACAACAUCCCUGGCAAGAUGCCUCCUCCUGGUGGUUUCAUCGAUGCACGGUUAACCAAUCAGACAGCAGAGAGCAGCCAGGGGGCUGGAGUAGACCAGACGUACUAUCAAGGCAGGCCUAUACUUGUCCAACAAGGAUCUUGUGACAUAUACAGUUUACCCGAGGUCAAAGGUCAGAGCCCUAAGUUGGGCGAGGUUCCUACAUACGUGAACACACAGCACAUCGAUCCACAGGUGCUGGCGGCGCUGCAGGGGGAAACUGAGGCAGCGUGUGAACCGUGUGGGGGCGCCACAGCCAAAGACAGCCCCAGGAAAGACCUCUUCGACAUGAAGCCGUUUGAAGAAGCGAUCGUGACCCGGUCCCCGUCAUCGUCAGUGUCCAUGUUGAAUAAGGCGUCGUCGGUGGAUAACUGCAGCCCGGUGCUGACACGCUCGGCCCUGCGCUCCCUCCCCGAGCUCGAGCAGCAGAGCUGGUACCACGGAGAGAUGAGCCGCCACAACGCCGAGAAACUCCUGCGCAAUGAUGGAGACUUCCUGGUGCGCAAAAGCACUACCAACCCGGGCUCGUACGUGCUGACGGGCAUGCACAACGGCCUCGCCAAACAUCUGCUCCUUGUCGAUCCAGAGGGCACGGUACGAACUAAAGAUCACAUAUUCGAAAGCAUCAGCCACCUGAUCGGCCAUCACCGCGACAACAACCUGCCUAUCGUCUCGGCGGGAAGCGAACUGUGCCUGAAGCAGCCCGUCGAAAGAAAACAGUGACGACGUCCCUGCGUAAAAAAAGUAAAUAAAUAGCCAACAAACCGCACAGGGGGGAAACGGGGAUCGACCCUGAAACCUGAUACUUGAAGACGAACACGAAUAACGGGCGCACGAAGACGACGGUCGACGUAGUCGGUUUUGCAGCGACGCCCGCGUCCGAUCGCUUUCGGACCACGUGAAAGAGAUCCGCGCGUAUCAAGACCACGCCCGAUUUAUAGAACUGUUCUAAUUAUUUUGUUGUGAUGACUGAAAUUCUAUAUUUUUUGAGAAGACAUGGGUAUCAUUUGGGCUUAUCGGUGUUUUAAACUCAAAAGGCAGAAUAUUUGGAAGACUGCGAACUCUACGGGAGAUGAGAUUUAAAAAAAAAAAAGAAAGAAAAGAAAGUAUUUUAGAAUAAGCGAAAAAAAGUUUUAGUUUUAUCUAUCAAGCACAACCGGAUUUACACGUUCGUCGGUAAGAGUUAGACGAGAUACAAAUAUUUGAGGAAAAAAAAACAAAGUUGUUUAUAUCGAACUAUUUUAGAAAUCGUUCUUUAACUCGCAGCUAGUGCCAGUGGCAGGUCGUUUGAUCCCAUCAAAUCAAUGAUGGGUCUGCUUUUAUGGAGGAAAAUAUCAGUGUAUUCGCUUAAACCGUAGACACACACUUGCACACACAUGCACACACACGCACACACAUGCACACACACACACACGCGCACGCGCACACACACACACACACACACACACACACAUACACACACACACACACACACACACACAGCUUUAAAGUACUGACACUUUUCUAUGGUGUUGAAUCCUGUGGCAGCGCACUCGCAUGACUUGGAAAACAAAAAAAGAAAAAAAAGAAAAAAGUUAAUUGUUCUCGUGGUCAUCGUUUGUAGCCCUCAAAGCCCACUGACAGGUGCUUGUGUAUGCUGACGAUGUACAAUAUUUAUGCUUUUAUUCCGAAUAUUAAUGAUUGAAUUUGGUUCCUUCUUUAAACUUGUAAAAAAAAAGGUGUGUAGUUCAUUAUGUUCAGGACUUCUUUUAUACCAUGGAUGUUUCUAUGAUUUUACAGCUUUUCAUUUUACGGCUUAAUUGUGGGCUUUAAACACACACACAUACACAC